AAAUGUAAAGAUUAUUUGCCUAUUUAUAAGUAUAACCAACCAUCUUAACAAAUAACACAGAAUGGAUUGCAGAAAGCUUGAAAUAACCGUGGUAUCAGCUAACAACCUCGAAGACGUACGCGUAUUCUUCGGGAAAACGGCAGUGCACGCUAGGGUUUCCAUCAACGGCAAACCGGAGACGGAGAGACGAACUCCGACGGACACUCACGGCAAUCAAAACCCGUCAUGGGAAUUCACGACCACUUACAUCAUAAUGGAGACAAUGCUGCAGAGCUGUAACGCUAUGCUUGUCGUUAAGCUGUACUGCGAUCGGAACGCCGGGGACAGAUACAUCGGAGAAGUCUACAUCUCCCUCAUGGAGCUUUUCGAUUGUGCCAAAUAUAACGGCGACGACGAGAAAAGCAGCAACCUGCAGGUUGAAUCUGAUAGCUGCGGCCGCCGGAGCGCGGUGAUGACUUUACCCGUGAUGAAGGGCUGCAUUCAGUCGCAGGGUGCUCUGAAAAUUUCUUACAGCUUCAGUGACAAGGUUUCCUUCGAUCAGCUGCUCAUGGCUGAGAAUGUUGCUCCAUUGAUCAUCUAGUUCAUUCUCCGAUCCUCCAAUUAUUUCAUCUCUAAUUAAGA